AAAGAAGAACGGAAAAGUCGGAAGAAGCUGUAUCUAACCUUCAUUCAUCCUUCUUCCUAAGUUUGCUUGAUGUCUUCAAAUUUUGUGAAACGAAAAUAUGUUUUUAUUAGCGGAAAUGAAAAAUGUUACUAGAAUACUUCCAGAACAAUUCCACAUGAAAUUGAAUGACGCCAUAGCCGGUGAACUGAAUGAAAAACUCGCCAACAAAGUGGUACUCAAUGUAGGUCUCUGUAUUGCCUUGUAUGAUAUCCUCAGUCUCCAAGAAUCCUACAUCUUUCCAGGUGAUGGUGCUUCCCAUACCAGAGUCAAGUUCAGAUUCAUAGUUUUCAGGCCAUUCAUUGAGGAAAUUUUGGUGGGGAGAAUCAGGAGCUGCAGCCAAGAGGGUGUCCAUGUAACUCUGGGGUUCUUUGAAGAUAUUGUAAUACCACCUACUGCAUUACAACAUCCAUCCAGGUUCGAUGAAAAUGAACAGGCUUGGGUAUGGGAGUAUGAUACAGGGGAUGGAAAUAAACAUGAUUUGUUUAUGGAUGCAGGAGAGAUUAUUAGAUUCAGAGUGACUGCUGAAACUUUCAAUGAAACAUGCCCAGCUGGUCCAUCUAGUAUGCAGGAAACGCAAGAGAGCAAUGAGAACAAGAUACCAUAUUUGUUGACUGGAAGUAUUAAUGAACCUGGAUUGGGAUUGUUAUCCUGGUGGAAGAAUAUGUGAUGUAGUCAUGGGAAUCUCCAGAUUUGAGAUAAUCUACCGAAUUAUCUGCAGUGGCAGGGAACCAAAACAAGAUGGAAAGAAAAUUACUUUCCAGCAGUAAGAAGACAAAACAGAUUGCGUGGAUUGACGUUAUAUUUUUACACUAAUGUAAUAUUUCUACAAAUAAAAAUGUAC